AUUUUCAACGCAUCCGUGCCCCCAUCCAUUGUCCUCCUGAUCAUGGUAAAACAGGGUUUGAAAAGGAUCUCUCGACUAUCAUGACAUGAAACCCAUAGCAAGGAAAAGAGGUACUACUGGUAUCCUCUUGGCCUAGUCACGAGAUGGCUGGCCCCAAAAUCGAAGAUAGUGCGAAGAAAUAUUCGGUGUCGUCAGCUUUCUGAUGAUUGGAUUUUCUUCAAUUAGCGUAGUUAGAACCCCCCCCUCCUCCUCCUCCCUUUUCCCACUUUCUUUUGAAUUGGGGCAACUUGUCUUAUCGGUGGUGGAAUUUUUCUCUCCUCUUUAUCAGGGAGGAGGCAUGGUUGGGACCGGCAGAAAGACAUCUAUCUCUAGCCUAGUGAGAGGCUCCAGAGGAACCAGCGUCAAUUUGACUCCGCACAUUAUGUCACGGGUUUGUAAAGGCCGGGAGGAGCCUUUCUCUGUCAUUCAUAUAGAAUUAGUGAAUACAGAGGGGAAGACGCUCAUAAUGAGUGUGUAUGGCAUGGGGGAAGGGGGGAGGAAACGAGUGUGAUACCGCUGGCUCUAUGGGUGCACUAGACCAGUUAUUUCCAGUUUGAAAGUUAACCGAGCAUUAA